AAGAGAAAGGGGCAAGGGAGGAAAAAAAGACAGGAGAGAAAGAAAGAAAGAAAAGAAAAGAAGAAAAAGAGGCUAAAUCUGUAUAAAUCUAUUUUGCUCUACCAGGGAUUAAAUAUAAGUUAAUAGUGAAGUGAGUGCAGUCUCCCUGUCUGAAGCUUCCAAGUGCUUUGCUGGGGCUGCUGUCUACUGCUGGAUCAGAGUAUUUGUCCUUCCUUUCAUUCCCAACAACCUGUCACAAAGUAGAAUGCAAAACCGAGGUCCCUCUGCUUUCUCAAAGCCAUAUUCCUUUAAGAUGAUGUAAUAGUCAUUUCCCUGGAUGGUUUCUUGCCUGCACUGCUGAAACAACAGCAUCUGAACUGCACUGGGAACUGUGGAGCCACCCAGCUCAGCAGACAGAGCCGCGGAGGGAGAGAGUCAGCCAAACAACUCAGCCGCCUUAGCCAGCCUGCCUUCUCUCUUGCUGCAGGCUGGCCCUCUCACAACCUUGCUGGGAACAUGGGAGCCUAUUUGCCCUUGCUGGCAGGUAGGAUGACUAUCUGGGAUCUCAUCAAAACAAGGCUGGCUUUCUUUCUGAUUCUAGGGUUUCUGGAAAUCUUGUGAACCAAGGUCCCUCCUGCAACUCUCAUUUUACGGAUUAUUAUUAUUAUUGUUGUUGGUUUUUUUUAGGGGAGGUUUUGAUUAUUAUUGUUUUGCUUUCCCUCUUCCCCCUCCCCAUAACCCACCACCGUCAACUUUCUGUGACUUGUUUUAACUUGAGAUUGGAAGUGGAUUUUUUCUCUCCAAGAGUAUAUCUCUUGGCACUUUUCAUUGAUGUCUCUGUUCUUUUCCUGAUUGGGAUUUGAUAUGAACUGGACUCAGUGUAGCUGUAAAUUCAGAUUGCUUUGCAAAUGGGUAUUCCUUCACAAGAACUGGGUCUCAGACUCUCACUAAGAAUAUAUUGGAGAAAAAAAGAGAUUCUUUUAAAUUUGUGGAAUCCUUCUCCUCACUCUCAACUAAACUGAUGCAAAGGAUUAGAUUAUAAUUCCAUUGGAUUAUACCUUUGAAAACUAAGUAAAAGACAAUGGCUCUGAGUGGAAAUUGCAGAAGUUACUAUCUUUCAAAAGAACAAGGGACAGUUCCCAACUCCUUCCCUGAGGUUGUGGAACUGAAUGUUGGGGGCCAAGUUUAUUUCACUCGCCAUUCCACCUUAGUAAGUAUCCCUCACUCUCUUCUGUGGAAAAUGUUUUCUCCCAAGAGAGACACUGCUAAUGACCUAGCCAAGGACUCCAAAGGAAGAUUCUUCAUUGACAGAGAUGGAUUCUUGUUUCGCUACAUUCUGGACUAUCUCAGGGACAGGCAGGUGGUCCUGCCUGAUCACUUUCCGGAAAGGGGCAGACUGAAAAGGGAAGCUGAAUAUUUCCAGCUACCAGAUUUGGUCAAACUCUUGACACCUGAUGAGAUUAAGCAAAGCCCAGAUGAAUACUGCCAUAGUGAUUUUGAGGAUAUGUCCCAAGGGAGUGACACAAGAAUAUGUCCACCCUCAUCCCUACUCCCUGCUGACCGUAAGUGGGGUUUUAUAACUGUUGGAUAUCGAGGGUCAUGCACCAUGGGCCGAGAGGGUCAGGCAGAUGCCAAGUUUCGGAGAGUUCCACGGAUUUUGGUUUGUGGAAGAAUUUCCUUAGCAAAAGAGGUCUUUGGAGAAACUUUAAAUGAGAGCAGAGAUCCAGACCGUGCUCCAGAGAGAUACACUUCCAGAUUUUAUCUCAAGUUCAAACAUCUGGAAAGGGCUUUUGAUAUGUUGUCAGAGUGUGGAUUCCACAUGGUGGCCUGUAAUUCCUCAGUGACAGCUUCUUUUGUCAAUCAGUACACAGAUGACAAGAUCUGGUCCAGCUACACUGAAUAUGUCUUCUACCGUGAACCUUCCCGGUGGUCUUCCUCACACUGUGACUGCUGUUGCAAAAAUGGCAAAGGUGACAAGGAAGGGGAGAGUGGUACCUCAUGCAAUGAACUCUCCACUUCUAGCUGUGACAGCCAGUCAGAAGCCAGCUCCCCACAGGAGACUGUCAUCUGUGGGCCAGUGACUCGCCAAUCCAACAUCCAGACUCUGGACAGGCCCAUCAAGAAAGGCCCUGUGCAGUUGAUCCAGCAGUCAGAGAUGCGUCGGAAAAGCGACUUGCUUCGAACUCUGACCACUGGCUCAAGGGAAUCUAACUCGGGCAAAAAAAAAGCUGUGAAGGAAAAGCUCUCCAUUGAGGAAGAGCUGGAAAAAUGUAUCCAGGAUUUUCUGAAGAUAAAAAUUCCAGAUAGGUUCCCAGAAAGGAAACACCCUUGGCAAUCUGAACUGUUAAGAAAGUACCAUCUAUAGGAGAAGGCGGGGGGGGGGGGUAGGGAAAAACACAUUUUAUCAUUUCCAAAUAAACAUCAUACAUAAGAAUAUUCAUACUUUAAAAGGAAAAAAAAUAAGAAUGUGUUAGGCCACAACAGUUCAUUGAUCUUGUACUGCCUACUUUGCCUAGUUCACCUUCUCAUGUAAAGUCACAGGGUAAUUGAUUUUCUUCCCCAGAUGUGAAAGCACAAUGAAAAUGCUAUUUGUUUGUGAGCUGUACUACACACAUUGAAAAUGUUACACAUGAGACACAAAUAGUUACAGCAGCAACUAAGAGAACCUGGUGUUCAUCUAUUCCAAGCCAAGUGUUCCUUGUUUUUCCCCCAGUGGAAAGGGCCACUGAAUGGAAAGAUGAAAAACAAGAGGUUUGUCUGAUAAUGUAUUUGAAAUUUUAAAUUUUGCUUUUUACUUUGUUUAUGGGGGAAAAGAAAGGGCUUUUGGACUUUUUACUUAAACCUCUACUAUUCGGUUUAUGUUGCCUAUAUUAUUUGUAUAUGUUUAUUUGUGUGUAUGUGUGUGUAUAUGGAUAGGUACACACACACACACACAUAUAUACAUACUUCAUAAAAGCCAAGGUCAGGGAAUGUUUGUGAGAUCACUUAAUCUAAUCCCCUGCCUCCUGACAGGACCUUUCAUUCUAUAAUGAGAAUCUGUUCAAUUUUUAAAUUCUCUUCAAAGAAGGAUUUUUCAUAUCCUUUUUGGGGAUAUCAUUGCAAUGAUGAAUAAAUCUCAUCAAUAGUUAAUCCUUUAUUUACCAACUAAUUCCCCACCUCAAACUAGGCCUGAAAUUAUUUUCUAUGUUUGGGGUGGAGGGAGGAGAGCUGGUAGUCAUUUGUGUAUAAACCUUUUGUACACUUGAAGACCAUUAUUAAAUCAACCUUUAACCUCUUCGAUAGGAGAAUAUAUACCUAAUUUUCCCAUCCUUUAGACAUCUUUGUGGCCUUUAAACUAAACUUGCUUCCAAGUCUCCAAAUUCCUCUUUAAUGGUAGGACCAAGAACUGAGUAUGACACUACUCUCAGGUCUUCACCGCUGCUGAUUAUAAUACAGGAAUUGAAGUUAAGUGUUACUAUAUGCUUUAUUUUUAUUUAUUUAUUUAUUUUUCUGAAUCCUAAUGACACAAUGACAUAUUUCUUGGUUCUUUUUAAAUUUUUUUCUUAACUACAGUGCUAUACUGCUGACAAUUGAAGUCAUUUUGGUGGGUUUUUUUGUUUACCCUUGAAAUGUGAAGCUUUGGCUGUGCCCAUACUUCCUGAGGAAGAGCCUUAGCAAGUUCCCUGCUGAGGUUACCUGUGUAGAGAGCCAAACUGGAUAAUUGAAUCCUGAAUGAGUAUUUUGGUUCAUUGAACUACCUAUCUAUAUUUCAUUAACUGGAUUGCUACCAGAGAUCAAGAUCACUAUGUUCUGCUUAGACACAGUCAAGAUGUAACUAUUGAUAGCUAUCUUUAUAAUCUUAUUUGUUAUGGAUGCUCUAUUACCUUUGACAGGAUUGAAUUUUGGGGUUGAAGACUUUUUGCUCUUUCUGUUCUGAACAGUACAUGGAUUUUACUGAGAAUGGGAGAAGAUAUUUCAUUGUCAAUUAUUAACUUGGACCAAGUAGAAAACUUAAAAAAAAAAAAA